AUGGCUUCAGCAGCAGGCGGGGCAUUCAGACGGUUUCUGAACAGCGAGACCGGGCCCAAGACGGUGCAUUUCUGGGCUCCCACCUUCAAAUGGGCUCUCGUGUUUGCCGGGAUCAGCGACAUCAGCCGGCCCGUGGACAAGCUUUCGGGCACGCAGAACCUGUCGCUGCUCGCGACGGGUGUGAUCUGGACCCGGUGGUCUUUUGUGAUCAGGCCCAAGAACAUGUUGUUGGCGUCGGUCAACUUCUUCCUGGGGGGUACUGCCGGCUACCAGCUGACCCGUAUCAUCAACUACAGGAAAGAACAGGGCGACACGCCGGGCCAGAUCAUGAGCUACGUGUUGAACGGUCCCAAAGCACCCGAGGAUAAGGUCCGCACACUACAGGGCUCCGACGCCGUUGGCAGCGGCAACUCGAUAGGCCAGAGCUCCACCGCGUGA